CAUAAAUCAUAAUUCACUGACCUUAUCCUAUCUACUCCAUAAACAAUGGCAAGAACCAAGCAGACUGCCCGUAAGUCCACUGGCGGCAAAGCCCCAAGGAAGCAGUUGGCCACCAAGGCUGCACGCAAGAGCGCGCCGGCCACCGGCGGCGUGAAGAAGCCCCAUCGCUACAGGCCUGGGACCGUGGCGCUGAGGGAGAUCCGUCGCUUCCAGAAGUCCACCGAGCUCUUGAUCCGCAAGUUGCCCUUCCAGCGUCUGGUCAGGGAAAUCGCCCAGGACUUCAAGACCGACCUGCGCUUCCAGAGCUCCGCCGUCAUGGCUCUUCAGGAGGCCAGUGAGGCUUACCUGGUCGGCCUGUUCGAGGACACCAACCUAUGCGCCAUCCACGCCAAGAGGGUUACCAUCAUGCCCAAGGACAUCCAGCUGGCCCGCCGCAUCCGUGGGGAGCGUGCUUAAAGCUUGACUCAGCAGAGUUAUACAUCAAAGGCUCUUUUAAGAGCCACCCAAAUCUGCAAAAGCGCAUUCACCAAGUACAUGAAACGUUCAUAAUGAUAUUGGGGUAUUGACGUGGCACUAAGUUCACUUUCACUAACUGCUAUGGGUGUCAUCAACUCCACUUUUGUCACAACAUGUAUUUGCACUGCGCCUUCCAUAACCCAGUCAUGAAACUAGACUUUUAACAGAAAUGUGAUGCUUAGCUAUAUUAGAAUAUAAUUUGAAGUAGGCCUAUAUACCAUACACAACUUUCGGUGUUGGGAUUUCCACAUGUAUUUGAAAGACUUGAGUGUGUGAGAGAGGGAAGCCAGGCUGACAUGGACCACACCCACACAUGAAAAAUAAUGAGCAAUCAAUAAACCAAGUGGUUAGGUAGCCACUAU